CAUGCAAAUUUUAAACAUAAAAUUUUAAUUAUUUUAAUUAAAAAUAAAGAAAAAAUUAAACGGAACCAAAUUUGCCACAAUCCAAACUAAAAUGUUGGCAAAAACUAUUACCGAAGAUAAACCAACUACCAACGAAAUUCAAAAUGCUCAAAACAACGAAAUAAACGAAAUAGUAACGGCGUCUGAUGCAGCAGAAAUUGCAACGACGUCCAGCAACCAAGAGACUGAAACAGUGGCCAUGGCGAAUGAUUUAAUGAAUGUAACGCCAACAAAUUUAAAUCCAAUAACGACAAAAACAAACACAACAGCUGAAAACGUAACUGAAAUAGUAGCUGAAACAACUCCAACACAUAACACCACAAUAACAACAAAAACAAAUGCAACAGUAUUAACAUCGAAUGAUGCAUCCCAAAGCCCCUCUGUUGCGACAGGAAAAUGUUUCGUUAUGCCAACCAGCGCAAGUAGUUCCCUGAAGAAAAAGAAACGCAAUAAAAAUGCACACGCAAAACAAUUCACCAAUGGAACACUUGAUACUGAGGUAGUCGGUGGUGCCGCCAUGACUACUACCGGUGCCGAUACUAUGCCCACUAGCAUAAAGACAUCAUGGUCGAUGUCAUCGCUGCCCUAUGAUGAGAAGCAAGAAAUUCGUGAUGUUAUCGAGGCCAAACUAAGGGUUGAGCGCCCUUAUAAUAGUCUUAAGAAAACAACGGAACGUCGUAUAGUCGAGACCAAUGUUUGCCACACUCUUCCAAAUAGUAAAAAUCAUCGCUACUCAUGGGGAAGUGGUUAUAGUCAUAGUUCAUCUAGUUUACACAGUAAUGCUACACUUGGGCUUGGUUCCGGUAAAGAUGAUUUGUGGGCUGUAAUACAAACUAAUUACAAUUAUAUUAUGGACACAAACCUUCUAGACACUUGCAAAGAAGCUCGCUGUGAAAUUGAAGGUGAACCAACCGUUCAAGCAGUUGAUUUUUGUUAUAAGAUACUUAAUGAAACAAAUCGUAACGAAAGUUUCUGUGAGGAUCCAAGAGACUUACGUAAGUGGUUACGUGAAAUGGAACAGAAGCUAUCAAAUGCACCAUCCUUGUCACAAGCAGCGCACUUUAGCUGUGCAGAAUUGCAGCGACAACAAGCGGAAUACUCGGCGGCUUGA